AUGGACGAGUCCGGUUCGUCCAGCCACGAUCGCGGUCACCAUCCGGUCGGCAACGGUGGUGAUGAUGGUGCCUACGCCUACAAGAACGAAAUAUCGCUCUCGAUCGGGGAAGAUGAUCAGAACUCGCGCACGAACAGUACCGCCGUACCGACGCCCUCGCCGCGCCACAUCGAGGUCCCGAUCGGGACCAGCCCGGAAGGGGACACGAACGAGUACGCUGCGCUGAACCGCAGCGGCGGUUCCGGCAGAUCGCCCGGUGGCCGCAAAUCGAACGGGCUGGACAAUCCGGGCUUCGAGCACGAGCCCGACAGCAAACGGCCGCUCAGCUCGUUCGGUCAUGCGGCGGGCAAGGACGAAAAGUCGCUCGGCGUGGUGUCGAUCAACGGUAAGGCGGUCGGCGAAAAACCGCUCGCCGAGGCCGUUAACCUCGAGCUGCUGAACAUGUCCUCGAAGCCUGCGACGAACGGGCAUCACCAGAACGGGACGAACGGGGCCGGUGCGCUACCGGUCAAGAAGGACACCGAGGUGGAUCUGGGCGAUCCGUACGAUGAGUACUUUGUGCCGGUGAACGAGCACCGGAAGUUCAUGAGUGUCUCCUUCCAAAAGUCACGCCACGGUCCGGUAAAUGGUCAUCCCGUGUACGGACGUCAUGGCCGCGGUGUCGACUACACCGGGCACUCGGUUAAUGAGCCCGCCCCCGGAACGAUGGACUAUAAACAGUGGACCAAAAUCACGAGGGGUGAAAAGCUGUACGUCACAAAGGAUAAGCGGGAGAAGAAGCGCAAGAAUUGGCCGUUCUGGUUGCUCGGUCUGGCGGUACUGCUGGCGGUGAUCGUAGUGGCCAUCCUUGCCGGAUCCGGUGUCAUCUUCAACGACAGCCCCACACCGGUGGAGUCGCGCCAGUUCGGUGACAAGGUGGCUACGGCCGGUGUGUUCGGUGGUGGAAAAGCACGCCCGGGUAACGCAAGCAGUAGCGCCGUGUCGACCACGAGUGCUAGCAGCGAACAUCCGACGACACCAGCGCCACCAAGCUCAACGCCACCACCGGUGCCACCGUCCACCGAGGAGAACACCGUGUACGUACCGAACACACUCGAGGGACAGAUCACGCUCGCGAACGUCGAGUUCUUGGACGACUACCGCAAUCCGAACAGUUCCGCCUACAAAACGCUGGCGUUGGAGCUGGAGGAAGAGCUGAAGGACACGCUCAGCACACCGGACGCCCGCGGACCUAUUUAUGUCAAGAUUCUAAACAUGAAACCUGGUUCCGUGGUGGUGGAUUACCGUGUCAGCUGGGAGCCGAACACGAUGGAACUGUCCGAGGACACGAUGAAGCACCGGUUGAAUAGCUUUUUGCAGCAGAACGGAAACUAUCUGUCCACCUACAUCGUGCCGACGAAUACGAUCCGCGUUGCCCGGCUGCCGGAUGUUUGCGUCAUGCGCAGCUCUGGAAAGAACUGUGAAUAUGGUUGCGUGUUUGAUCCGAAGGUGGGUGAUUUCAUGUGUACCUGUCCGAAAGGCAUGUUGCUGAAUGAUGAAGAUGGCCGCACGUGCUAUACUCCAGUGCCUGCGUUUAAUGGCGGUGAGGUGGAACCAAAGAGCGCACCCGAGCCUGCAAGUGAGCCGGAACCGGCGAGUGAACCGGAGCCUAACAGUGAGCCCGAACCUGCCAGUGAACCGGAGCCUGAACCUGCGAGUGAGCCGGAACCUGCGAGUGAGCCAGAGCCUGCGAGUGAACCUGAACCCACUAGUGCACCUGAGCCUUCAAGUGAGCCAGAGCCUGCGAGUGAGCCGGAACCUUCAAGUGAGCCAGAGCCUGCAAGUGAGCCAGAGCCUGCUAGUGAGCCGGAACCGACUAGUGAGCCGGAACCUUCAAGCAAACCAGAGCCAGCGAGUGAGCCGGAACCUUCAAGUGAACGAGAGCCUGCGAGUGAACCAGAGCCUGCGAGUGAGCCUGAGCCAACGAGUGAACCAGAACCGGCGAGCGAACCCGAACCGUCUAGUGAGCCGGAAGCUGCGAGCAAACCGGAACCGGAGCCGGAACCGAAAAGUGAACCGGAACCAACGAGUGAACCCGAACCGUCAUCGGAACCAGAUUCGAGUAGCUCAAAUACCUACACAAAAGCAUCAUCAAACGAUCAUUCCGCCAAACUGAUCGUUUCUACCGAGGCCUCCACCACGGAGUCCGAACCGAAAAGUGAACCGGAACCUACGUCAGCGCCGGAACCUUCGAGUGAACCAGAACCUACGAGCGAACCGGAACCGUCUAGUGAGCCGGAACCGACUAGUGAGCCCGAACCAGCGGUAGAACCGGAACCAAGUAGUGAACCCGAACCAUCAAGCGAGCCGGAACCUACGAGCGAACCGGAACCGGCUAGCGAACCCGAACCAUCGUCAAGCGGCGAUACCGUGGAGAAGUCGACCGCAUCCGACAAGCUACUAAGGCAAACGGUUCAGUCCACUACGGAGCGUGACACAGCGUCCUACACGAUCACCACGACCGUCGGUCACCAACCUUCCUCACCAUCGACGUCCUCUACUACGGACGAUUCUCAGCUGCCCGACUUCAUGUUCGUGGACAACGAAUCGAUGCAGAAGCAUUCGAACGCGAUCGAAAGCACAACACCGAACGUGGUGGUGGUGUCGGUAACAAAACCCUCCGAAGAACCACCCGCACCGGUCACUGAAACGAUCGUAGACGACACACCCAUGCCGUCCACGUCGAGCUUCUUCGUAACGCCAAAACCAACGGGCGGUUCCACACCGCGAGCUUCGACAACGGUGAACGGAUUCGAGGGCCGUUCAUUGUCCGCAAACGAUACGGCGGAAAACACGGUGUACGCCACCUCCAGUCCGAUUUCGCUCGAGCAGUGGCGUUCCUCGACUAGCUUCGCCACCUCGACCGAAGCUUUUGGCCGAGACUCGGAACGGCAGGAUGAAACGAACCCGUUCCUGGCCGCGGUUGAAACUUCCAGCACGCGUAACGCGGCAGCAUCGUACGCCGUCACGGAAACCGUCGUGGAAGCCGAAACUAGUGCCCCCAUCCUGGCGGCCCACAAUGAGUCACCGUUCCUGCCGGAGACGGAAAACAACGCAAGCCUGGUGAAGAUACUGCACGAGGGAUUGGAUCGGCACGAGACGUAUGAGGUUGACGCCCAACCACAGUUCUUGGACGUGGUGCCGUUGUCGAAGGAAAGCGACCGGAAUGACUAUAAGAAGCAGUUGAACGCGCACGUCACGGAAACGAUCUACAUCACGACGACCAUCCGCAGCCCGGUGCCGGUUACAACGGAAUCGCUGGAGGAGCUGCUGUCGGUUGCGAGCUCCAGGAACAUUGUCGAACAGACCACGACCAGUGGUGAAGAGAUGGCCACCAGCACGGAGCGUGAGAUGGAAGCACCCACCACCAUGAUGGAACAGACCAAGGACGCGCUAAUGGAACAAAGUUCCACCACGGAACGUUCGAGUGGGAAUUCUACGACGUCCCGGGCCGUCUCGGGCGGAGCGUCUUCAGCGACGACGGAACAGAUGGUGCGCAGUGUGACUGAAGCGGUCGCGCUGCAUGACAGCACCGAGAUGAUCCAAACGACCACGAACGGUGAAGAGGAAUCGGCUGGCACGACAACUCUGGAGGUGGAGCGAGCCACAUUGGUGGAGCAUGUCGAUGCAACUUCCGGAGCUCAGAAUCGAACCGAUGAAACCACACCUGGAAGUAGUUCAACGACAACGUCCACGACAACACCAGGUACUACGACCACCACCAGCACCACUACGACGACGUCAACUCUUCCACCCGUAGUGACGGAGGCACUGGAACGCAUCACGGCAAUCGAGAAAGAUCUGAUCAGUCUCAAGGAGAACGAUCUUGCGGACGAUAACAAUAUACUCGAUAAUGAUCUUCGCGUUAUACCGCUCAAUUGGAAAAAAGACUCACCGACUACAGCGGGCGUAGCGUCCGGGUCCGGUUCGGGAUCUUCCGUCGAACCCAACAACCCAGCCACCCUCAUCCCAACCACGACGACCGGUCAUUUUUUAGACGAAACGACGUUUCAUUUGAUUAGAUCAGAGCGAUCAAAUGAAACGUCGUUAAUCGGAAGUCGCUUUUCUGAGGAAGACCAAACUAGUCCCGGGCCGGUAGCCUCGAUCGCCGCCACGAGCACCGAGGACCAACCGAUGGAAACGUUGCUGGAGCGGGCGGCAUCGGCCGCCAGCUCGAUGUUCACCAAAUGCGCCGUUGGCCAGUUCGAGUGCAUCAACGGCACCUCGAUCAAGGAUGGCAGCUCGUGCAUCCAGAAGUCGGAACGGUGCGAUUCCGUGUCCCACUGUUCGGACAACUCGGACGAACAGGAUUGCGAGCGGCUCGGCUGCCCGGGGCACUUCCAGUGCCAGGACGGCGUGUGCCUUGCCCGGCAGCACGUAUGCGACGGUAUUGCGCACUGUCACGACGGCUCGGACGAGCAGGGCUGUGGCGAAUGGAGGUGCAACUUUGACGAGCUGUCGUGCAAUCCGGCCACCGGCAACGGUCCGUGUCUGCCGGCGCUGUGGAAGUGUGACGGGCUGGAGCAGUGCGCGAAUGGGUUCGAUGAGAGCAACUGCCCGGACACGUGCACCAACGAUGAGUACUUCUGUGCCGGUCAGCGGAAGUGCAUCCCGGAAGCGUGGCGCUGUGACGGGUCCGUCGACUGUAGCGAUGGGGAGGAUGAGCGGCUGUGCGAUUGUCCGCUGGAUAGCUUCAAGUGCAACACCGGUGGCUGCGUGCAAGGGGCGUACGUUUGCGACGGACACCCGCAAUGUCCGGACCAGUCGGACGAGUGGCACUGUUACCAGCUGGACCGGGACGAUGGAACGCUGCGCGUGAAGCGCAACUCCUCGGACGCGCUGGCCGUUUGCGGGGAUGGAUGGAACGGUGUGCUUGCGGAUCAGGUGUGUGCUGAGCUGGGUUUCGCUGGAGCUAGCAAGAUACUGUUCGGUAAGGUGGCCACCGGCACCAGCUCCCUGGUGGACAGUAUGUACCGGGUGACGGAGAAGAACCGGCUGGAGUUUGAGCCGAUCCACUCGAUGGAGUGCAGCCAGGGUUUGAAGCUGUACUGCGAAGAAUACCGUUGUGGUCGUGAGAGUAUUCAACCGACGCUGGAGCAACGGAUCGCGGGUGGUGUAACCUCGGACCCCAACCAAUGGCCCAGCUUGGCGUUAGCCUUCAGCAACAAUGCCGCCAUCAAGUGCACGGCAAACAUUGUGUCGCCACGAUGGGCGCUGGCCAGCUACACCUGCAUCAUGGGCAAGACAGAGUUCGUCAACAAUCGUAACGUGGGGGACAUGAGCUGGAAACUGUUUGCCGGCAGUGCUCAGUUUAAUGCCACGCUCGAAGAUGCCACACACCGCCCCGCGGACGCUUCGUACCAGAUCGUGGAUGUGAAGCGUGUUGUGCCGUAUCCGCAGUCGAAGUACAAACAAUUCAUGUACACCGGUGACGUAGCACUGCUGGAACUGUCCACACCGCUCAAGCUGAACGAAAUGGUGGGCAGCGUUUGUUUGGCGGAAAGAGCCAACAUUGACUCGGAGCAGCUCUGCCUCACGGCCGGCUGGGGUUCGGAUCUCGAGAAUACGGCCACGACGGAACAGUAUCUAAAGUAUCUGCCCGUACCGACGGUCCCGACGGAACAGUGCAACUCCUCGAUGCACUACAGUGGUACCCUGCCCGAAAAUGCCAUCUGUGCCGGGUAUCUAAACAGCAACAAAACAACAUGCUACAAUGAUGAGGGUGCGCCGCUGAUGUGCUACCUGGACGGUUCGGGUCAGUGGCAGCUGGAGGGCAUACUCAGCUAUCACGGGAACUGUGGCAAACGACCACAUCCGGCCAUCUACAAUUCGAUUACCUCAAACAUUUCCACCUGGAUUCGGAGCACCGUCGGGAAUGAUCUAAUGUUCGACCGGGUGACCUCCACGGUGACGGUUGGUGCGGGAGCACUAGCGUCAAGCACUAGCGCCGAUACUGCCGGCACAGCUUCCUCGACGGUCUACGCAACUACUACAGCAGCGACGGUAACACCGCGGCCGGUCGAAGAUGAAGCAAUCGCAAGCAGUACCACUGCAUCGACAUCCGCUUCCAACGAGCGGUAA